AUAUGUGCACAGCAGGACCAACUUGACCAUCACCUUGUCUUCCCUACGUCUUGCUACAGACAAGCAGCUGCAAUGUCGACGGUCAUCUCUUGCUCCCUCCUGAGCGGCCGGCCGGCGGCCGCACCAUCGCGCUCCUCCGGCAAUCGGUUUCCACCGACUACGGGGAAGGCUGCCGCGGUCGCUCUCCCUUGUUUCCAGCGGCAGUCCAGGCCCUCCUCCGUGUGCUGUGCAAGCAACCCAAAAGGAGAUCAGCACGUGCCAAAGACGGAUUUGCCGCCGUUCAGCAUCUCCCCCGUCGCCCUGCUGCGCCCCGGGUCGCCGCAGGGGGAGCGGUGGCAGAUCAAGGAGGGGCCCGAGGCCGUGAGCAUGUGGUUCGAGGUGCCGGGCCUGUCCAAGGAGGACCUCGUCGUGGAGCUGGACGAGGAUGUGCUCGUCAUACGGAAGAUGAAGGCCAAGGCGGAGACGGCGGCUGGGACGACAGACGCUGGCGGCAGCGCGAGCUCCAAGGACGCGGCCGGGGCGGCAGUGCAAGACGGUGACAUGUACGCGCGGCUACUCGUCCCGGCGGGCUACAACAAGGAGACCGCCAAGGCGGAGCUCGCCUCCGGCGUUCUGAAGGUUACCAUUGAUAAAGUGAAGGAGCUCGCACGCAGGAGGAUCAGUGUCGACAUCGACGUCAAGUAGAACAACUGCUUUGCAUGCAUAAUGCAUACGCAUGGGCAUCUCUACGUACGUUGACGCCCAUUGCAUCGAGGGAGAAAUUGUCCAAGAGACCCAUGAAAAACUUCUUCAUAUGUGCUUUUGUUCCUACUUAAAUAAGGUCAAGUAUUAUGCAUGUAUCAUGUAUCACUUGUUUUUCAACCACGCAUACAAUUAUUGAUAAAACUGAACAUUUGUUGUGCUCUA